AUGGAGGACCUGAAGAGGCUUGGCGGCUGCAAGAGCGAGACUGCAGCCAAUGGAUAUGUCACCCAUUCAAAAUCAAGCAAGGAGAAGAUUUGUGAGAAAAUCAUCAGUUCGAUCAACCUGCCUGGCCCAAGUGCUACGUCAACGUCAACUUCCCCACAGCCAGCAGCAUCAUCCAUAACGAAGGUCACUAACUCCACCGCUGGAUCAAGUUCAACUACAUCUUGGCCAGAUGUAACUCCUACAAAAGCCAGUGCUGGCUCUAACUCUAGGCCCAAUGUAGAUGGAUCAUUGGAUAAAGUACCUUCCACAGUCACUGGUGACUUUUAUUCAGCGAAUCGAUCAGUGCUAAACUCAGAAGAGUCUAAGGGUAAUAAAGAAAACAGCAAACCUCUUGAGAAUCAGAUGCUCG